UUGUCCAAUAGAGUAAUUAGAUUCUAGAUCUAGAAUUCUAGUGAAUUUAGAUCUAGAUCUAGAUUCUAGAUCUAUAUAUGUUUACAUUUGGAUUUUUUAAAAAAGUUAUCUUCAGACAACUACAGGAGUAGACUCUAUAUCGAUCUAUAUUUAGAUUUAGAUCAAUACUUGCUAAAAAUAGAUCUAGAUUUCUAGAUCUAGACUAGAAAUAGAGAGUUGAAAAGAAAAGUUCAAAACAAAUACAAAGCCAAAGUCAAAGGGUUGAAAGGCAAAAGGUAAAAGAAAACAUGACUUCUAGAACUGGAUUAUUUCCAGCUGUAACUCAUUCCAAGAAAGAAGAAAGGCCUUCUUGUGUAAUGUUAAAAUUCAACAUUUCCAAACCAAGUGUGAAAAAAACUAAGGAUCCUGUUCUAGGAUCAGCCUUGAAUGCUGAUGUCUCAAGAUCUGUUAGCAAAGGUCCUCAUGCAGCAUGUGAGGCAUGUUCUGCUAAAAAAAGUUUGCCAAGAAUGCAGUCCCCAACUACAGAUGCAAAAAUCACCUUUUUAAAAAGAAAAUCUGAAUUUGGAUUUUUAACUGCACAAAAACCUAAAAAGUUUCAAACUUUAAGCAGAAGCAGAUCAACUGAAAACUUGGCACCAUAUGUUACAGUACCUCGAAGCAUACUUAAAAAAGAUGAACUUCGAGCUCAAGAAUCCCAACGCCGUGUUCAGUUUACUCAUCAAGCAACAGAUCAGGCCAGCUUAAGGGCAAAGCUAAACAAUUGGUUGAAAGAGAAAGGAAAGACCCCUGGAAGCUGUAAAAACCUGUUAACAUUUGGUGCCCACUUGUCUGCAGUGAAAAGAAGGAGUCUAACUGAUGUGACUUCUAGACAGGAUUCUAAAGAAAAUGUGAAGCCUAAAGAUUCAACAAAAUACAGAAAGAAUUUAUUUGGAGAAGACAAAACAGAUUUAUCUAGGGAAAAUGAAAGAAUCAUAGAAGACACAAUAACACAUAAUGAAACUGACACCACUAAUAAUGAAGUUUGUACUAAAGAAAACAUGACAGAACAUAUAAAAAGUAUGUUGGAGGAAUGUUUGGCUCUUUAUCAUGAUGGAUGCUCUUUGGAAAUUAUACUUGCAUGGCUGGCCAAGAUGGAAACAUCAAUUCCUGAUGUUGUGAAUUUUGCCCCCUUUUAUGUGUGCAAAGCUAAAGUCUUGAAAGAUUUUCCACAGAUGGUGCUUGAAGUGUACACACAGGCUGUCAGAAAUAAUGCACAGCCUUGCAAUGUUUUAGCUGAUGAGAUGAAAGCUGCAAUAACACAGUGGCUUAUGCCAUGUGAUAAGUCUUCUAAGCUGGAGACAACAGAUUCAUUUGUUACAUUCAGAUCUAGGGCCAAUAGUGAAUGUCCAACACCAUUUUCAAAGAACCAAACACCUGAAAAGUCAGAAGGAAGCACAGUCAAGUAUAAAAUUACAACCCCUGCUAACAGACAAACUUCUGAAGCUAUGUCUGUUGUCACACCAGUCAGAAGAUCCCUCCGUCUCUCCAGCAGACUUCCUACACCUAACAGACGUAGUGAUGUUGUGGAGAAUAUAGAGGAGAUCAGCCCUACAGACAGAAGAUCCAUGGUGUUCAAAAUCAAUCCACUUGUGCCAAGGGAGACGGAUACUUUGGAUAAAUUAAAUCUUGAGUCCUUGCCUAAAGAAUAGGUUAUUACUUUGUUGGGUUUUUUUUUAGUCUUGUAGAAUUUGGUAUAUAUACAACAGACUAAUUGUACAGCACAUCCCAAUAGACAGGUGCAAUGAAAUUUCAUAGAUAUAUAUAUUUUUGUGUGAAGUUAUGCCUAAAUUUUUAAUUACCACAGGAUGUCUUUGAUCAUCCACUUUCAAUUUUCCCAGUUGUAUUAAUUUUGAAUUGUAAUCUGUGAAUUCCAUCUAUAUCAUUGUAUACAUGGCUUUUUUUUUACAAAACUUAUAUCAACUCACUCUGUCUGGUAAAAAGUUUGUACACGUUAUUUUUCCCAUUUCUUCUGAUGAAGCUGAAAUUUUGCACUUAUUUUACCUGACAAUACAAGAAUCAAUUUUUAAAAAGUUAACCAAUCAAUUAAUUUAUUAUUAGUAAUUAAUUAUUUUGUAUGGCAUCUUGAACUAGGGAAAGAUAUUGUACUUGACUAAUGUGAUGGUAUAAGUUGAAUUAGCCCCCUUUAUACUUUGUAGUCGGCCGUUUUAAAGCUUAAAGCCAAAGAUUCAUAACUAUGUAACCCACUAUUUUCAUAAGUGAUUUGCUGGCAGAGUGGUUAUUGUGUUGGCUUGGGGAGGCGUUAGCCCUCAAGUUUGAAUUCAGGUCGUUCAUCUUUUUUUUUUUUUUUAAUAAAUGCAUUUAAAAAGCAAUCAUUGAGAAACUCCUUUCUAUCUCCCCAUACCCCUUUCUAACCUGGACCAGACAGGUGAUAGGCAUUGAGAAAGCUAGAUGCAUGAAAUUGCACUAAACAAAAACAAUUGGUAAAAAUAUUUGUAAUUUGUUAGUUUGGAUCUAUUACAAAUUUAAAUAUAUAACUGAUUCGAACUAAUUACACUUAAUAUAAACUUUUUUUUUUUUAAAGUAUUUUUUUAAAUGUUUUUUCUGGUUUUGUUUGUUUGUUUAAAUUGUCACUGUAUGGAAUGUAAAAACAAAUAUUGUAAACAAAUACUGUUUUCAAUAAUUAAUAUGCCAUGAUAAUACUAACAUCAAGUUCAAUGUAACUAACAAAAAGUUUUGCUAGUCUAUUCUGUUUAACGAUUUGUUUAAGUUGUAGGAACCUGUAUUUUUCGUAAUAUGCAUUGACUGACACACUUGGGAAGUGGAUGUACAAACACCACUAUACCUCCCCUGCAAUAGGUCACAGGAAACAUGCUAAAUUGAUUAAAUGACACCAGUGGCCUUAUGAUAUGGACAAUUAGUUUUGAAACACCAAUAUUAAUUAUACAGGGGAUUCUACCAUACACUUAGAAGGUUAUAAGAAAUGUUUUGUGGUUUACAAAAAUACAGUAACUUUCAAAAUAAAGAUCACUGUAUGCAGGUUAAAUUUGUGGAUAAUUUCAGCUCUGAAAAUGCAAGCCAAAGUGCUCUUAGUUCUUUUAAAAUCUUAAAAGUGGUCAGUUGUUAUAAGUGUGUAUUGAUUUUGUAUAACAUUCGGUGAUCGGUCAUUUCAUCCCCGGUCACUUCAUCCCCGGUCUUUUCAUCCCAGGUCACUUCAUCCCCGGUCAUUUCAUCCCCGGUCAUUUCAUCCCCAAUUAAAUAUUUUAUGUAGAAAUAUGAUUAUGUAGAAUGCUUUUUGACAUUUUAUGACUUGUUACUAAUGCGUUUAUAGUGUUUCCUCUUCCACUUUGUUUUCUUAAUGAGAAAUCUUAUAUUAUAUUGUAAAUCUGGUUGUGUACUUAGCUAUAGCGCUUCUAUUGGAUGUGGGGGUUGUAAUAUCAUAAUAUUAUCCGGAUCAAAGGCCAAGGUUUGGUGGAAGUAGUAAAAAUUCAUUUGAGAGAUAGAAGUGCGAUUACAAUAAUUAUGACCGUGCCGCUGAUAACUUAUCAUCAAAGGCAAUGGUGUGGUGAAAGUACAACCAUGUUUCACUUUAUUUUAUUUUUCACUCUUUCUUGAAAAUGGGCGCGUCAUUUUUAGCGUUGAAAUACGGUUUUAUUUUUUUCUAAUAAAGGCGGAGUUCACCCAUCCUCGGGAUAUCAUGUCGCCUGUAUAAGUUUUGCUUUAAUUCCUUUUAAACAUUAACAUGUUACAAUUUUGUCAUUUAAAUAAAAAAUGAAUACAUUAAAUAUUACUCAUUUCAUGAUUUUUAAAAUUACAAUUUGUUAGAUAAAAAUGAUCAGAUGAUGAAAAUAUCAGGGGAUGAAAUGACCAGGAACUGAAAAUGCAAGCCAAAGUGCUCUUAAUUCUUUUAAAAUCUAAAAAGGGGUCAGUUGUUAUAAGUGUGUAUUGAUUUUGUAUAACAUUCAAUGCACAAUUGUUACCUUAUUCAAGUAACCACCUAAUUCUGUGGCUUAUAGUUGAGAAAUAUGGAAAUGCAAAAAAAUUGUGUACCUAAUCUUAUAAGUAUUAUUGACAAUAGUCUUUUCAUCUUCAUGUAGAUAUAUCUUUACAAUUCUAUUGCAUAUAUAUUAUUUCAAAAAUAUUUUUUUUCUUUAAAGGUGCUUUUUACAGAGAUUGGUUUUAUAUUGGUGCUCUUAAUUUAUUCUGAAGUAUUUUGUUUUAAAGAAUACUGAUUGUUUGAUCAAAAGUUGUAGAAUACUAAUGCUUGAAAAACAGUUGUAUCUGCCAUCUGUAGACACUUUAUAUAAACGUCAUUGUAUUAAACAAGUACUGUUGCAGCUAUAUUUUAUUAUUUCUAGUGGUGUGACAGGUGCAGUAUUUGAUAGUUGAGUUCAAGACCAUGUCUGAAGUAUUAACAGAGACUGUCAAUUUUCCUUAAGAUCUGAGAACUUAUCAAGUCACUUGGUUCUGGUAAUGGGUGCAUAAAAUUUUGUUGACAUAAAAAAAUCACUGUCUUUUAAAUCAAUUUUAAUCAUAAAUGAAUUGCAAAUAUACUCUAAAAGACUAAAAUGUUAGUUGGUGAAAACUUGAGAUAUAACAAACCCUUAGUGGAAAUGUUUGCUUCCUUCAUCCAGGUGAAUUUGAGUAUAAAACCUAUAUUGAGGGUUGAAGAAUAUAAUGUGUGAAACUUUUUUUGCAUGUUUAUUAAUAUAACUAUAAGCCUUUAUAGCAUGAACCUAGUGAUGAGAAAUUAUAAACUUUGUUCUCGGACUAUAUCCUGCUACUCACCAAGGUUUACUCCUUCAGGUAGAAUAAUAGCGCUUUUUAGUACAUGUUGUCAGCACACUUAAUUGGUGUUCAUUUAUUUCAUUAGCCACUCUUUAAUUUUUAGGUUAUACUAAAGAAACUAGCAGUCAUUACAUUUGUUUAAAAAUACUUUUAAGAUACCGUUUAUAUUUAUGCCUCAGAAUUUUAGUUUUACCUAAUAUGCUGCCUAUCGUUUUAGGUAAAUCUCCAGUAUCUAAUAAUGUCUUUUUUUAUAUCUAUUUCUUUUCUCAAAUCUACAUAACCUUGCUAUAUAUUAGGCAUGAAAAUCUAAUGGAUAAUUUUUUUUUUUUGCUUAUGACUGUAGCAAAACUAAACAGAAAAAGAUCAAUGUAAAGUGUGAUUAUAUUAGUGUAUUUUACACCAUAAUAUAAUCUGUUUUUCUACAUGUAGAUUAGUCUGUCUCUUAUUCCUGUAAAUAAUUGAUUUUGUUUCUGCUCUAUGUACAUUUUCAUCCAUGCAUUUUGUAAAGCAUUACUGACUUCCCAGUUCAAUUUCACUGCUUAUCAUGUACUUAGCUGAAUAAAUAAAAUAUUUAGAUCUACAUUAAA